AUGCUUCAGAUGUCAGAGAAAGUGCUGGAUGAACUAAACCUCAGGCAAUUCACCAAAACAGAGGAGGGUAGAAGGAGACUGAAACCAGCGGUGAUGAGCUGCAGAAAAGCUCUGCUUGUCGGCUGUAAUGUCACUGAUAAGUGCUGUGAAAUUUUGGCCUCUGCUCUGCAAUCAUCAAACUCUCACCUCAGAGAUCUGGACCUGAGUAACAAUGACCUGCAGGAUUCAGGAGUGAAGCUGCUCUCUGAUGGACUGAAGAGUCCAAACUAUGCCUGUGAUCUCACACUGGACCCAAACACAGCAUUCAAUCAUCUCUCUCUGUUAGAAGGGAACAGAAAGUUAUCAUGUGAAAUGGGCGAGCAGUCAUAUCCUGAUCAUCCAAAGAGAUUCGAUCAAUACCUUCAAGUUCUGUGUAGAAAGAGUCUCUCUGGAUGUUGUUACUGGGAGGCUGAAUGGAGCGGACUGGGCGAUAUGUCAGUGGCAUAUAAAGGAACUGGCAGAAAAGGAGAAAGUUUGGACUGUAAGUUUGGAGCCAAUAACAAAUCCUGGAUUCUGAGCUGUUUUGGGGAGAAACUAACUGCCUGGCAUGAUAACGGGGGAACAUGUAUUCCUCCACCAUCACCUCUGUCUAACAGAGUAGGAGUGUAUCUGGACUGGCCGGCUGGCAUUCUGUCCUUCUACAUGAUCUCUGACACACACAUUCUCAUACACUUGCACACAUUCAACACCACAUUUACUGAGCCCCUCUAUGCCGGAUUUGUGCUUUAUACCUCUUCAGUGUCUCUAUGUAACAUUGGAAAGCACUGAAUUUUCAUUUUGGUGAACUAUGCCUUUAAUUAAUAACCUGCAUGAUUCCUACUCACUGCAGCUGUAUGUCUUUCAGUCUGUAUGCCUUUUUCAAUUUAGCAUGUCUGAAAAGAUAUUAAUAUAGAGAAGAUAAAUUAUGCUAAACUUCAGAUGAUCAUUGGGUUGCGUUCUGCACCUUCGACCCGCCAGCUUCACCGUAAUAGAGUUGGUAGCAGUGUGUAUCAUGAAAAAUGCUUUUGUGCAACACUAUAAUCAGUGUUGGGUAGUAAUGUAUUACAUGUAAUCUGGAUUACAUAAUCAAAUUUGUAAUGUAAUCAAGAGAUACAUUAAAAGAUUUCAUUUUAUUUUAUGAAUUUGGGUGCAUGUUGAUAUGCAUAUUAA